AUGGGUGAGGAGGUGUGGGAAGAUGGUGUGGCUGCAGUGUCCCUGCAGCUUUGGCUCUGGCUGUGGCGUUGGGGUGAUUUGCAUGAUGGGGGCACCGUGGCCGUCACCUGCCCUGCUGACUGUCCUGUGUUUCCAUCCCCACUCCCAGGUUACGGACACGCUGCUCCAGGCACGGACGCGGGGAAGGCCUUCUGCAUGUUCUACGCGGUCCUGGGGAUCCCACUGACACUCGUCAUGUUCCAGAGCCUGGGCGAGCGCAUGAACACCUUCGUCAAGUACCUCUUGAAACGCAUCAAAAAGUGCUGUGGCAUGAGGAGCACCGAGGUCUCCAUGGAAAACAUGGUCACUGUGGGUUUCUUCUCCUGCAUGGGGACACUCUGCAUUGGAGCAGCGGCCUUUUCCCAGUACGAGGAAUGGAGCUUUUUCCACGCUUACUAUUACUGCUUUAUAACAUUGACUACGAUAGGGUUUGGAGACUAUGUGGCCCUGCAGACCAAAGGGGCCCUUCAAAAGAAGCCUCUCUACGUGGCUUUUAGCUUUAUGUACAUUCUAGUGGGGUUGACAGUCAUUGGGGCAUUUCUAAAUCUGGUUGUUCUCAGGUUCUUGACCAUGAACAGUGAGGAUGAGAGGAGGGAUGCUGAGGAACGGGCGUCCCUGGCAGGGAACCGCAACAGCAUGAUUAUCCACAUCCAAGAGGACUCCCAGCAUGGUCGGCCACGGUACAAGGCCGAAGUAACAGACCUUCAGUCAGUUUGUUCCUGCAUGUGUUACAGGUCCCACGAGUACACCAGCCGGGUGGUGUCCCACCAAAAUUCGUUCAGCUCGAAGCUGAACCCCCAGUACUUUCACUCCAUCUCUUACAAGAUAGAGGAGAUCUCGCCAAGCACAUUAAAAAACAGCCUUUUCCCAUCUCCUGUCAGCUCCAUCUCACCUGGGUUGCACAGCUUUACAGAUAACCACAGGCUGAUGAAACGGCGAAAGUCCAUUUAAAGGGAUUUGUCUUAUUUUGCUUUCCUUGUUUUUCCCAGUUCUCUGUUGUUUUGGGUUUUUGUUCCAUGAGUGAGACAGAGAGAGGCCAAAGGGAGUAGAGCAAGCCAGUCCUCCUCUGAGACUCAGCUCUUCAGCAUGAAGCAUGGAUUAUUACUGUUCCAGCAAAGUAUGCCUUACAUUACCCCCUUGGUGGAUGUCAGAGGAUUCAAGGUGACGUGAAGUGGGUACCAAAUCCAAAGUUGCACACACAGCUGGGAGCCUUCAUGUGCCACUGGCACUCCUGACCUAACAAACUUUUUCCUCACGAGCAGGUUGCAGUGUGUGUGCGUGUGCCUGUGUGAGUGUCGGGUGCGUGUGCGUGUGUGCGCGCGUGCAAUUCCACAACCAGUGCCAUGUGACAAAAAUUAAAGCAUCAGGUAUUAUUUUUUCUUUUGCCCUUGAAGCAAUUGUGCUCCAGCCUGCUUUUUUAGAUUGCUUCCAAAAGGAACGGGGAGGGUGGGAGGGGAGCCAAUUUGUUUUGUUUGUUUUUUUUUGUUUUUUUUGCCAAGACAAGCAUGCGCCAUUAGCAGUCAAUAUACCAGGUGUAUCAUGGUAAAUUUUUUAAUGCUAGAUUUUAGAUUGUAUUAACAUUAAAAAAAAGGCAGGAGAAGAUGGAUCAUUUUAGCUUGCCAGUUCAAAAUUAAAAAAAAAAAAUAAAGCAUGCACUUUGUAAAACUGGUAUGCAUAAUAAAAACACAAGAAAAACUAGCAAUGGAAUUAAUAAUCAAAAGCAAAUAAUCAUAUUAAUUUAACUAUAUUUAAUUUUAUAAUUUUCAACUGUUCCAACAAUU